CCGGCUCCUCCACUCCCACGACACCUCGGUGUUCGCCCCGCCCCUGCGGGUCCAGGUCCCAGGUCCACACACCGGGCGGGCGGUGACGCAGCGGAGUGUCAGGUGUCUCCAGGUCUCACACGAGCAGCGGCUCAACGGAAAUUCGCACAGGUACUCAGUUCGCUGGCAGAGAUGGAGAGCGGUCCCUUCAAUCGACGGUCCUGGGUGACGCAGUCUUUGCGUGUCACUGCCAAAGAGAUGUCAUUGGUCAGUGGGCGAGGGAAAAAUAACGCCAUUGCUGAACGAUUUUCCAAGUACCAGAGAGCUGCUGAGGAGAGUGCAGAGAAGAAAAAAGGAGCUAUAGCGACAUCCUCCCCACGGUCAGGCAACCUGAGUGCCCUGAAGAAGCGCUGGGAGCAACCGGAGAACCUUGCCCGCGACAAGCCUUCUUCUGGCCCACCUGCAAGUGAAUCCAUCUCUCGCUGUAGGCCCCCUGCCCUUGCCAGGCCUCCGUCCGUCAGUGAAUACCCUCCUCCAUUAAAAAGCCCUGGCCUGCUGACAGCUCAGGGAGGACAGUCUGCAGUCAGUCGUGCCCAGAGGCCCUCAGCAGCUCCAGAGGCACCCAAAGCUGAAGAACAGAGAGGGAUGGACAGGGAUGAAGUGACACACUGUGAAAGACCUGAAAAGCUUGACGAGCAAGCUCCAACCAGCCCCUGUGCCUUUUAUGAGAAACCAAAGGUUCCACUGAACAACCUGAAGUUGAGGUUUGAGAGAGGGGAGGAAGCCACGAGCAAGGGCGUGAGGACGACACUACGCAGUACUUCAUCAGAAGACAUGGACCAGCGUGGCGGCCUGUCUGUGACCGACCGAGUGUUAGAGUCGACGUCCCUGAGGGAGAAGAUGGCAAAGUACCAGGCUGCUGUUUCUAAACAAGGCCCCACACGAUUUGGUGUGGCCACAGAGAUGCCUGCUCCGAAAACAUCUGCACCUCAGAAACGCAUACCUGCACCCGAGUGCAAUGGUGAGAGCAGCGAGCCAUCCAAAGCAUCCAGGAAGUUCUGCCCGCCGGAGAGGCAGACGUGCUUCGCCUGUUCGAAGACAGUGUACCCCCUGGAGAGACUGAUGGCUCAUCAGCACGUCUACCACAAAAGCUGCUUCCGAUGUGUUCACUGCAACACAAAGCUCAGUCUUGGGAACUAUGCCUCUCUGCAUGGCAGUGUCUACUGCAAGCCCCAUUUCAGUCAGCUGUUUAAAGCCAAAGGCAACUAUGACGAGGGCUUCGGCCAUCGCCCUCACAAGGAGCUGUGGGAACCUCGAGCCGAUGGAGAAGAAGGUGAAGAAGUAGUGAAGCCCAAAGAACCUGAGGGAUCAGUGGAAGUGAUGCGUCCAGCUGAGAGCGUCUCAGACAAAGCACCAGCCCCGACUGUGGAAGUGUCCCCAAAGCUAAAGGUUACCGACGUGACUGCCUUAAUGGAGACACAUAAGCAGACACAUUCCAGCUCCAGUGAGAAACAUCAGUCCACAGAGAAGCCCGCUGAGACACGCAAGCUGAGGAUCGCCUGGCCCCCUCCGACCGGUGAGAGCGUCUCUGGAACAGCAGCAGCUCUUAGUCCAGUCACAGAGGGAGUAACGUCAAGCCGACCCUGGAGAGCCAAGUGGCCCCCAGAGGACGAGGAGCCAUCAUCAUCAGCCAUCGUCAGCUCAGAUCGGGUCGAGCUGAAGAGCCUGAGGAGGAGCUCUUCUCUAAGGGAGCGCAUUCGGCCUUUUACAAUCGCAGCUAACCCAACCACUGCUACCAGUCGGGGGCCCAGGGAGCCUCGUCGCCCUCUCAAGUCCCUACUGGAGUGGAGAGCAUCAUUUGAGGAAAAAAAACCAUCGACCAAAGAAAAUAACCCAGAGCAGCAGCAGCAGGAGAAAAGGGAGCAGAAGAUGCCUCAAAUACCAAGGGAAGAUGCAGCACAUGCGAGCAAGACCGUAUCAGAGGAAGGCGAGAUGACUCUGCCCAAGCACGAGGAAGAGAGAGACGCACACGUACAGCAAGAAAAUGCAUCAGCGGGAGCAGACAAGAUGGCGGUGGAAGAGGGCUCUCUGAGGAGCAUCUCUCCAGAUGUCUCACCAGCCCCCUCUCCACCUUCGCAGCCAAAGCAGAAUCGCACGUCCCAGGAUGUGGGCUUCUGGGAGGAGGACAAAGAGGGAAGUGAUGCCGAGGAGCUGAGUGCCGAGGAUAUAAUCAAGAGGAACCGCUACUAUGACGAGGAGGAGGACUCUGACUCAUAGGAAUGUCCACUCACCAUGUAACACUUUUUCACCGUUUUUUUCUUCUCAUAAAUUUAGCUUUGCCAGAUUUUUUAUGAUGUAUUAUUCAAAAAUGUGUAAUAGGUGUUUGUAUGUGCAUUUGAUAACUGCCUUUAAUUACUAAAGUACAAAUUACAGAUCCCUUUUUCUUUUUUACAUUUAAUUAAAUACUAUUAAAAAAAUGUCUGAAACAGCUUUUAAAUGACCCCUGAUUAUACUGGAAGGUGGAAAAAUCAAUUAAACUCAAUCAAUGCAUUUCUGGAUCUCAUCUUCUGAUAAUUAUAUGCACCAUCAGCAUCAUACUAUUUGUGUCCAAAAAGCUUUAAAUUACUAUAUGUGGCAUGUCAAAGAGCUUUUUGAUUACAGGCAGAACCAUAUUGCUUCAAGGCAAACAGUCAUUAUGUGUAGUCUUUGAAUGCAGCACAGACCUAAAUAUGUCAUACUAAAAACAGUGCUGUGUGUUUAAGAUGUGGGAGAACAAGUGUUAUUUAUGGUGCUGGGGGUAACAUAUUUCCUGACUUAAAAUCUUAAAUUAAAGAAAAGAUAAAACAGAAUCCACAUUAGUUUGCUCUGGAUUAGGAUCCAAACCAUCCUUGUUCAUCGUGUCUUCUCUCAGGGAUAAAGACACAAUCCCACACGCAGACAUAAUGUUAAGAUACUGUACAGCAGACAGUUUGCAGUUUACUGCUCUUGACUGUUUUUGAGUAUUUUUUAUGCACCGGAAUAAUUCUACGUACAGAGCAAACCCUGCAGGGGGUGCACUGGUUUGGUCAAAAUGCUUCUGGAGCUAAAAAUUUAUGUUGUAUGUAUUUUAUAAUGUACCAUGGGAUAUGUAUUUUCACUGCAGAAUAUUUUUAAUCGUUUUUAUUCUGACACCUUGGGCAUUUCAGAUUCAACUGUCGAAGCAAUUAAAAUCCAUCAAUGAGGAAAUCCAGAGUUUCCACAAA